AUAUGACUGGAUGGGCUGGUGAAGCAAUUAACUCUCAGGAUUGAAAUUCUAGCUCUAAAGUUUGAUUCGUGUGGUCUGUAGGUGCACAUCCGAUUCACUGUUCAUACGUCAUGGCCGUUUUUCCAUCAUUAGAACUUACUCCAAACUUUGCCUAAUCAUAUUCAAAAGAGAGAUGUGUGCUGCUGCUGGUCCCUAUUUUCACUUUGGUUAAGUUGGAUUCCUUUCCCAACUUCAUUCUAGUGGGCCUCUUUACGAUCCGGUCUUUCAAUAUCCUAAGGAGAGUAUUCCUUGUUACUCCCAAUGGUUUAUUCUCAUUGCAGGGUCUAGUUUUCUUUUUCUUGGUUUUGAAUUUGAGUUUGUGUCUACUUUCACACACACCGAAAAAGAAAAGGGAGAAAAAACCAACGUAAAGAGGACAAAUAUAUUGAAAUAAGAAUGGAGAUUGUUAUUUCGAUUGCAGCAGAGAUAGCUAAGUGCUUAGUUGGACAGUGUCUAAGUCAUUCGUUUCUCUACUGCGACGACAUUCAAAAUAUGAAGAAAAAAGUAAAGAUGUUGGAUGCUGCUAGAUAUAAGGUGCAAAAUUCCGUUGACGCUGCUAUAAGAAGCGCUGAAGAAAUUGAAAUUGAUGUUCGCAAUUGGUUAGAAAAGGUAGAUGUGACUUUGAAAGAGGCCAAGGAAAUUCUGAAAGAUGAAGAAAAAGGAAAUACGAGAUCUUCCGGUGGGGCAUGCCUGAACUUGAAGCAAUGUCAUCAACAAAGAAAGAAAGCAAAGAAAAUAGUACAAGAUAUCGAUGAUGCCCUAAAAACUGGCAAUUUUGACACAGUUUCCCACCGUCCUGCUUCACAUGCUAUUUACGUGACCUUUGAGUCAAGAAUGUCAACUGUGAAGGGACUUAUGGAGGCACUACGAGAUAAUAAUAUCAACGUUAUUGGGGUGUGGGGGAUGCCUGGUGCAGGGAAGACUACAAUUGUGAACGAAGUUGUUUGGCAAGCCAAGGAAGAAAAGAUAUUUGACGAGGUCGCUAUGGCUGCUGUGAUGCAAAGCUCCGACUUGAGAAGAAUUCAAGGAGAAAUUGCGGACAUGCUAGGUCUGAAGUUUGAUGUGGAGACUGUACCUGGAAGAGCAAUUCUUCUACGGGAGAGGCUAAAAAGAAACAAGAAAGUACUUGUUAUCCUAGAUGAUAUAUGGAAUAAACUUGAUUUGGAGGCGAUAGGAAUUCCUUGUGAUGGAUGUAAAAUAUUGUUGACAUCCAGAGAUAGAGAUAUAUUAUCUUGUGAGAUGAACACGCAAAAAAAAUUUGAGCUUGGUGUUUUAUCCCCAGAUGAAGCAUGGAGUUUAUUUGAGAAGAUGGCAGGUGAUUCUCUCAAAGAUCCUAAUUUGAGAUCCAUCGCAACGCAGGUGGCUCAAGUGUGUGCAGGUUUGCCUCUCGCACUUGUAACAGUUGCAACGGCAUUAAAAGAUAAGAGUUUGUUUGAAUGGGAAGAUGCUCUACAACAACUAAGGAGACCCUCCCCUGUACACCUCACAGGAAUGCAAGCAGCUAUAUAUUCAAAAAUAGAGUUGAGUUACAAACAUCUUGGAAGUCCAGUGGUCAAGUCCUUCUUUUUACUAUGUAGUCAAAUAGGUCCUGCCAUUUUUUACGAGGACUUGGUAAAAUACUGUUUUGGCAUGUGUUUAUUUCCUGGCAUCCGUACAUUGGAAGAAGCUCGAAAUAAAGUGUAUACGCUGGUUCGGAUCCUCAAAGACUCUUGUUUGUUGCUAGAAGACCCUCGUACAAGCAAGUAUGUCCGUAUGCAUGAUCUUGUUCGUGAUGUCGCCAUACUAAUUGCCAUUGAUGAAAAUAAGUUCACGAUGAGAAAUGAUGAUCCAGUAAAGUGGCCAGAUGAAGAUGCAUUAAAAAUGUGCACAUCAAUCUCUGUUCUUGCUAGGGAUAUCCAUGAACUUCCUGACGGGUUGGUAUGUCCGAAAUUAAGAUUCUUGUGCGUGGUUGGCAGAGAUCGAGAUUUUAAAAUUUCAGAAUUUUUUUUCAAAGGAAUGAGGGAGCUCAAAGUUUUAGAUUUAACUGAAAUGAGACUUACAUCACUUCCUUCAUCAAUUAAUCUCCUCACAAACUUACAAACAUUGUGUCUGAUUGAAUGUGUUCUUAAAGAUAUUGCUGUGAUUGGAGAGUUGAAAAAUCUAGAAAUUCUUCACCUUGGUCAUUCCGAAUUUACACAGUUGCCACAAGAAAUAGGUCUCUUGACUCAUUUACGGAUGUUGGAUUUGAGCAAAUGUACCAAACUUGAAGUGAUUCCACCCAACGUCCUAUCAAACUUGAAACAAUUAGAAGAAUUAUAUGUCAGUGAUAGCUUCACUCAAUGGGAGCUUGAAGGAGUGAACAACGAAAGAGCUAGUCUGGCAGAGUUAAAGCAUUUAUCGUUGUUGACCACUUUAGAAGUAAAUAUUCCAAAUGCCAACAUGUUGCCAAAAAAUUUGUUGUUUAAGAAGUUGAAAAGAUACCAAAUUUUUAUAGGAGAUGUGUGGGAUCAGUUUGGCAAAUCUGAAAGCUCAAGAGCACUAAAACUCAAGUUGAAUUCAAGCUUUGAAUUAGAGAGGGGGAUCAAGAUGUUGUUGAGUGGAAUAGAAGAUUUGUGUUUGGAUGAGUUAAAAGGUGUCAGGAGUAUCAUAUCUGAAUUAGAUAGCAAAGGCUUCCAACAACUGAAGCAUCUACAUGUCCAAAAUAAUUCUGAGAUGAAGUACAUCAUCCAUUCAAAGGGGUUGGGUAUUGCUGAUGUUGUCUUUCCUGUCUUGGAGAUAUUUUCUCUCAAAAACAUGAUCAACUUGGAAGAAAUAUGUCAUGGACAAAUUCCCUUGACAUCCUUUCGUAACUUAAGCAUUGUGAAAGUGGAACAUUGUGAGAAACUAAAGUUUAUUUUCUCAUCAUCCAUAGCUAAAAGCCUUUCACAACUUCAAACGUUAGAGAUAAGAGAAUGCAGCAUCAUGGGUGAAAUAGUCGAAAAAGAAGAGGGCAGAAUAGAAGACAGAGAUAUGAAAUUGUUCCCUCAAUUGCGUCACUUACUACUACAUUGUCUUCCAAAGCUCAUGAGCUUCUUAAGUACACAAAAUUCAGACAUAAUUGAUGCUGGAGAAGUCAUUCCUCAAAGCGAACAGGUUGUGUUCCCCAACUUGGAAACGUUGGAACUGUCCUCUAUACACUCCGAAGAGAUACUACUUCACAACCAACAUCGGGCAACCUCCUCUUUCAAAUUAACAGACCCGAGAUUUCAAAAUUUGCGAAACUUGACCGUGAAAGGCUCUAGCAAUUUAAAAUACCUAUUGUCUUCUUCUACAGCGACAUUUAUGAUUCAGCUCAAAUAUCUUGACAUUGAGGACUGUAAGGUAAUGGAAGAGGUACUACUCACAGAAGACUUAGGAGAAGAAGAAAUAAUUCCAAAGGUGUUGUUCCCUCGACUGGAAGACCUGAUUCUAAAAGAUCUUCCAGUCCUCAAAAGAUUCUGCGUAGGAAGCAAUAUCAAAUUUCCAUUAUUGAAGGAUAUGAUGAUAGAAAAAUGCCCUAAAUUGGAGUCAUUCGUAUUCAGAACUGUUAGUUCAGGCAUGAUAUUGAGCAAAGAACUUAAGGAAGUGAAUUCAGAGGAGAUCUCUCAAAUUGCCAUGCAACCUCUCUUCAAUGAAGAGGUUGCAUUCCCUAGUUUGGAAACAUUGACGAUCAUGCACAUGGAGAACUUGAAAAUCAUAUGGCACGAUCAAUUAGCUGAAGAUUCCUUUUUCAAGCUUCAUUCUCUAUUUGUUCAAUACUGUGAAAAUCUUAUGAACAUCUUUGAAUCUAAUAUGCUGACAAGAUUCCAAAGUCUAGAGAGACUUGAAGUAGGUUAUUGUGGUUCACUGCAAGAAGUGUUUGAACUUCAAAGGCUCGAUGUUAGAGAAUCACACGCUGUGACAGCCAUUCCGUUGAAAAGAUUGAUAUUUUAUCGUCUACCGAAAAUGAAGCAGGUCUGGAAUAAGGACCCCCAAGGAAUUUUCAGCUUUCAAAAUUUACAAUUUAUUAGUGUUUUGGAAUGUGAGAGUUUGAAAAGUUUGUUCCCAGCAUCUGUGGCUAGAUGUCUCAUGCAAUUGGAGGAUCUUCGGAUAGACGAUUGUGGAGUGGAGGAAAUUGUUUCACGGGAAGAAAUUGCAGAAGCAGCAGCAAGAUUUGUUUUCCCUAAAGUAACUCUCCUAUAUCUUCGUAAUUUGCCAAAGCUCAAGUGGUUUUGCCGAGGGGUGCAUACUUCAGAAUGGCCAUUGCUAAAAGAAUUGGAGGUGUCUGAAUGUGACCAAAUUGAGAUAUUUGCUUCAAAAAUUUUGAACUUUCAAGAAACAGUUGAACAGAGCCAACUAGAGACCUCCACUCAACAACCCCUUUUCUUGGUUGAAGAGGUUGCAUUCCCUAGUUUGGAAACAUUGCGUUUGGAUCAGUGUGUGUUGGAAGACGUAGCUAUGAUUGGAGAGCUGAGAAAUUUAGAAAAUCUUAGCCUUCUUCACCCCAAUGUUGAACAGUUGCCGAGAGAAACAGGGCUUUUGACUCGUUUACGGAUUUUGAAUUUGAGCAAUUGUACCAAACUUAAACUGAUUCCACCAAAUGUCCUAUCAUGUUUGAUACAAUUAGAAGAGCUGUAUGUCGGCAAUAGCUUCACUCAGUGGGAGGUUGAAGGACUCAACAAUGAAAGAGCUAGCCUUGCAGAGCUAAAGCAUUUGUCACAGUUGACUACUUUAGAAGUGCACAUUCCAGAUGCCAACAUGUUGCCAAAAGAUCUGUUAUUCGAGAAGUUGCAAAGAUACAAAAUAUUCGUAGGAGAUGUGUGGGAUUGGUCUGAUAAACAUGAAAACUCAAGAGCACUAAAACUCAAGUUGAAUACAAGCUUUCAUUUGGAGAGGGGGAUUAAAAUGUUGUUGAAUGGUAUUGAAAAUCUGUGUUUGGAUGAGUUAAAUGGUGUUAAGAGCGUCAUAUAUGAAUUAGAUAUGACAGGCUUCCAACAACUGAAGCAUCUACACGUCCAAAACAAUGUCGAGAUCAAGUACAUCAUCAACUCGACUGGGAUGGUUAUCUCUGAUGUUGUCUUUCCUGUCCUGGAGAUACUCUCUCUCAAAAACAUGAUCAACUUGGAAGAAAUAUGUCACGGCCAGAUUCCCUUGGCAUCCUUUCGUAACUUAAGCAUUAUGAAAGUGGAACAUUGUGAGAAACUAAAAUUUAUCUUCUCGUCAACCAUAGCCAAGGGCCUUCCACAACUUCAAAAAUUGGUGAUACAGGAAUGUAGCAUAAUGGGUGCAAUAAUCAUAAAAGAAGAGGGCGAAAUAGAAGACAGAGAUAUGAUCUUGUUCCCUCAAUUGCGUCACUUAGAACUCCAUCAGCUUCCAAAACUCGUGAGCUUUUUAAACACACAAAAGUCAGUCAUAAAUGAUGCUGGAGAAAUCAUCCCCGAAUGCGAGCUGGAUUUUCACAUGCCAAUCCUACAGGAACAGGUUGUAUUCCCCAAGUUGGAAUCAUUGAAACUGUCCUCUAUACACUCCGAAGAGAUACCGCACAACCAACAUCAUGCAAGCUCCGCUUUCAGAUUAGCAAACAUACAAGCAGACUCAAGAUUUCAAAAUUUGUGUUACUUGACCGUGGAAGGCUCUGGCAAUUUAAAAUACCUGCUGUCUUCCUCUACAGCGAGAUUUAUGGUUCAGCUCAAAUAUCUUUACAUUGAGGACUGUAAGGAAAUGGAAGAGAUACUACUCACAGAAGACUUUGGAGAAGAAGAAAUCAUUCCAAAGGUGCUGUUCCCUCAACUGAAAGACCUGUUUCUAAAAGAUCUUCCCGUCCUCAAAGGAUUUUGCAUGGGAAGCAAUAUCAGAUUUCCAUCCUUGACGGGUAUGACGAUAGAACAAUGCCCUAAAUUGGAGUCAUUCAUAUUCAAACCUGUUAGUUCAGAGGAGAUGAAUUCAGAGGAGAUCUCCCGUACUACCAUGCAACCUCUCUUCAAUGAAAAGGUUGCAUUCCCUAGUUUGGAAACAUUGAAAAUCAAGCACAUGGAGAACUUGAAAAUCAUAUGGCACGAUCAAUUAGCUGAAAAUUCCUUUUUCAAGCUUCAAUCUCUAUUUGUUGAAUACUGUGAAAAUCUUGUGAACAUCAUUGAAUCUAAUAUGCUGACAAGAUUCCAAAGUCUAGAGACUCUACAAGUAUAUAAUUGUGGUUCACUACAGGAAGUGUUUGAAAUUCAAGGGCACGAUUAUAGAGACACACAUACCGUGACAGUCACUUCUUUGAAAAAAUUGUAUUUGCGUCAUCUACCGAAGAUGAAGCAGAUAUGGAAUAAGGACCCUCAUGGAAUUUUUAACUUUCCAAAUCUACAAGUAGUAAGUGCUUGGGAAUGUGAGAGUUUGCAAAGUUUGUUCCCAGCAUCUGUGGCUAGAUGUCUCAUGCAAUUGGAGGAUCUUCGGAUAGCCGAUUGUGGAGUGGAGGAAAUUGUUUCACAGGAAGAAAUCACAGAAGCAGCAGCAAGAUUUGUUUUCCCUAAAGUAACUCUCCUAAUACUUCAUAAAUUGCCAAAGCUCAAGUGGUUUUACCGAGGGGUGCAUACUUCAGAAUGGCCAUUGCUGAAAAAAUUGGAUGUGUAUGGAUGUGAUCAAAUUGAGAUAUUUACUUCAAAAAAAUUUAGAAUUGAAGAACCAGAUGAACAGAGUCUAUCAGAGACAUCCAUUCAACAACCACUUUUCUUGGUUGAAGAGGUUGCAUUCCCCAAUUUGGAAUCAUUGAUGAUCUCUCAUUUGCCUAACCUUAAAAUCAUAUGGCAUGACAAAUUUGCCCCUGGCUCUUUUAUGAAGCUUCAGACCAUGAAGGUUGAACUCUGUGAAAAUCUUAUGAAAAUCUUCCAAGUUAAUAUGCUGUCAGGAUUCCAUAGCUUGGACUGCCUUAUAGUAGAUGGUUGUGGUUCGCUACAAGAAAUAUUUGAACUACAAGGGCAAGAAGUUAGGGAAACACAUGCAGUAACAGUGACUCAGUUGACUAAAUUAGUUAUAUGUCGUCUACCAAAGUUGAAGCGUGUAUGGAAUAAGGACCCCCAGGGAACGUUCUCCUUUCCAAAUCUACAAGAAAUAGUAGUUGGGGAGUGUGAGAGUUUGAAGAGUUUGUUUCCAACAUCAGUGGCCAGAUGUCUCCAGCAAUUGAAUGAUCUUCGAAUAGUCGAAUGUGGGAUUGAAGAAAUUAUUGAACAGGAAGAAGGUGCAAAAGAAGAUGCGAGAUUUGUGUUCCCUAAAUUGACUCUCUUGAUACUUCGAAAGUUGUCAAAGCUCAAGUGGUUUUACCGAGGGGUACAUACUUCGGAAUGGCCGUUAUUGGAAUACUUGGAGGUGUCUGGAGCUAAUGAAAUUCAGAUAUUUGCUUCAAAAAAUUAUAGAAUUCAAGAACGAGAUGAUCAGAGUCAACUAGAGACAUCCAUUCAACAACCGCUUUUCUUGGUUGAAGAGGUUGCAUUCCCUAGUUUGAAAACAUUGGAUUUGGAUCAGUGCCUGUUGGAAGACAUAGCUAUGAUUGGAGAGCUGAGAAAUUUAGAAAUUCUUAGCCUUCUUCACUCCAAUGUUGAGCAGUUGCCGACAGAAACAGCUUCACUCAGUGGGAUGUUGAAGGACUCAACAAUGAAAGAGCUAGCCUUGCAGAGCUAA